AUGCUGCAGUGCAUCGGCCAGACCUCCUUCCGGGGCACUGCCCUGGCCGUGCAGCAGCGGCCCUCGGUCUCUCGCUGCGCAGUGUUGGAUGUCCGGGCGGCGCAGUCGAUGCAGGGCAAGGUAGUGUCCAGUCAGAAUAAGACGGCGGUGGUGGAAGUGGCCACGCUUCAAGUUCAUCCCGUCUACCAGAAGCGCAUCCGCAAAACAACUCGCUACCAGGCGCACGACGAGCAGCAAAUUUGCCAAGUGGGCGACACGGUGGAACUCGCGCCAAGCCGCCCGCUCAGCAAGACAAAGCGGUUCACUGUCGAGAGUAUCGUCAAGAAAGCGCAGUAG